AUGCCCCUGCCAAAGCAGGUGCAGGUGGAUCAUUCAGUGUUCACACCCCUCCUCACACUUGCGUCUCCUACCCCCAAACCCCUCUCUGAUUUUACACCUAUGUUGACCAAACACGUCUUACCCGCAAGAAGACGUGUGUGCACCCAGGAGGAGAAAUUCCAAGCAGCGACAGAUUGGCAUGAUGAGGUGGUCAGGAGUAGCAAGGGAAAAUUGGAUAAGUUAGACAUUGACUCACAAUUAUCCCCUUGUGAUGCUGACAGGGAGCCCCUAGAAGCCCAAUUUGCGCUGGGUGUCACUGGCAAUAACACUCCCAUCACUGGACCCGCCGGGCCCGCAGAGACCAGUGUGGAAGUCAAGGUUGAACCAGGAGACAAGGAUGACGUGAUGGAACCUUCAGACGACGAUGACCCAAUGGAACCUGUGUUGGAACCUUUACGAGAAAUUGUCAAGUUGGCAGAUACCUUACGCCAUAUGUGUUCAAAAUGUGCUCCAUGGGGAGAUUUUCUAUUGUUACCUUCUUAUGAAAGGGCACUGAUCAUGCCAACCUGA